UUAGUCCUCCUACUUUCAUGUUCUCCUCCAACAACAUCACCAUCAUCAUCAUCAUCAUCAUCAUCGUCAUCAUCCUUCUCCUUCAUCUUCAUUUUCUCACUCCUCUUUCUCAGUUCACUUCACUUAAUCUCACUCCUCAAACAUGGUAGCUCUACCUAACCCCCCUCUAAUUUCCCAUUUAACCCUCACCACAUUACUCAUCUACUCCCUCCUUUCCACCUUCUUUCUCCCUAUCUACACCUUCAACAUCACUCAGAUUCUCUCUCAUUACCCAGAUCUCUCUGAUUUCACCUCCCUCCUUACCACCGCCGGUAUCUCCGAUGACCUCAACCGCCGGACUUCCCUCACUAUCUUAGCUGUCCCUAACUCCUAUCUCCGCUCCACCGCUAAUUUCCCGGCGGAAUCUCCGUCCACUCUCGCUGACGUCAUCCGCUACCACAUCUUAUUACAGUACCUCACUUUCGCCGAUCUCCGGCGAAUCCAAUCCGCUGGAACCCUAGUCACAACCCUAUUACAAACAACCGGGAGAGCUCCUGAUAACCUCGGAUCCCUCAACGCCACCUUCAACCCAUCAAAUGGCGGUGUCUCCUUCCACCCCCCGAACAACAACUCGGUCUCUUGCAACAUCCUCUCCCUUCUCAAAACGGUACCGUACAAUCUGUCAAUCUUCACCGUUGACUCCCUCCUCGUUCCGUACGGGUUCGAUCUGAUGGCUUCCGAGACACGCCCCCCUCCUCCAGGGUUGAACAUCACGAAGGCGUUAUUCGACGGCCACGAUUUUAACGUCGCGGCUUCGAUGCUUUUAGCUUCAGGGGUAGUUCAAGAAUUUGAAGACGAUGAAGGAGGUGCUGGAAUUACCCUUUUUGUCCCAACCGAUGAAGCCUUCGCAAACCUUCCACCAAAGGUUCAAUUACAGGCAUUGUCGGCAGACCGGAAAGCUUUGGUUCUGAAAUUCCAUGUCCUACACUCGUAUUACCCACUGGGUUCGCUUGAGUCGAUUGUAAACCCGGUUCAGCCCACUUUAGCUACGGAAGAUAACGGUGCUGGAAGCUUUACUCUUAAUAUAUCUCGGGUUAAUGGUUCGGUUGCAAUUAAUACGGGGAUAUUACAAGCCGUGGUGAUCAGAACCGUUUUCGAUCAAAACCCUGUUGCAAUUUUUGGGGUUUCGAAUGUACUUUUGCCAAAGGAAAUCUUUGGAGACAGCAAAGAUGUAAACUUGAGGAGCGGGGGUGGGAGUCUGAGUGGGCCGUAUAUGGGGGCGGCCCAACCCCCAUUCAUUGGGCCGGCACCGGAGAGUUCACCCGGUGAUGGGUAUGGUGGGCCCAGCCAUUUAUCGUCGCCGCCGGGGUUUCGAGAAGGGAACGCAUCGGAGGGACUUGGAAGAAAUUGGAGUUGGAUGAUGUUUUGUAUAGCAUUGUUAUGUGUAUUGAUAUCAUAAAAGUCCCAAGACAAAAUGUGGUUGAUUGAUUUUGAUCCUUCUUCUCAAUUUCUUGGUAUAUAAUUAUAAUUCAUUUGAUUUGAUUUGA